ACCCGGUGACACUUUCUUGGUCUGUAAACUAUGAACGCAACGCCAAUGAGUUAAAAUAAACAAACUAUAAUUGACACUUAAUAUCGAUGUCGAAAACUGAGAAAAUAUGCCGGAUCUGCCUGGGAAACACAGGAAGAUUGCUGAACAUCUUCAGAUGGAAGCGAGAUUCGGAAACAUCUGUGGGGGAGAUGAUCGCUGAAUGUACCGAAACCAAAGUAAUGAAAGGGGAUUCCUUUCCAGAGACUAUAUGCCCAACUUGUUGGCAGGAUGUGCAGGAUGUAUUCGAAACCAGAAAAAUCGUCAAAAGAAGCCACCAAUUCUACUGCCAAGUCAGAGAUGAGGGCAUCGAGGAAGCACUGUGCGAUCUGCUGGAGGAGGAGGAUUGGGAUAUAUCCGACGAUGGAACUGAAUGGGACAACUCCAGAAGUGAAGAUAUGGAGACCAAUGAGGAGCCGGCCAUCAAGCUGAAAAGAAACUUGUCAACGAAACAAGAUAUUGACUCUGGGAUUAAAAAAUAUCAUCAAUGUCGUUUGUGUCCGAGGACAUUCACAGCGAAAUCAUCGCUUAAGAUUCACCAACGUGUCCAUUCGGGGAAACGAGAUUUCAAAUGUUCGUUCUGCUCGAAAGCUUUUGUAUGUGAAUCGGUUCUCCAGAUCCAUGUUCGGAUUCACACCGGCGAGAAGCCCUAUCAGUGCACUCAUUGCUCAAAAUCUUUCACUCAACAACCCACGCUUGUAUCACACAUUCGUACCCAUACCGGCGAACAACCGUAUAAAUGCUCCAGGUGCGAGAAAUCGUUUAAAAAAGGAUCAGACCUUCUUCGGCAUAUGCGCAUCCACGAUGGCAUUCGACCUCAUCAGUGUCAUCACUGUUCCAAGUUCUUUGCAAGGAAAUCUCAUCUGCGCGAUCACCUCCGCGUCCACACCGGAGAGCGACCCUUCCAAUGUACGGAGUGCCCUAAAGCCUUUCCUCUGAAACAACACCUUAAAGAACACGAUAUCGUUCACAAAAAAAGCGGGCAGUUUAAGUGUCCGCAUUGUCCGAAGACGUUUGAAAGAAAAUCUGGUUAUGAGGAGCACGUUCGCACUCAUACAGGGGAGCGACCUUACAAGUGUUCCUUCUGCUCCAAGGCCUUUGCGCAAAGCAGCACUCUCAAGGGCCAUCUUCGAACACACACGGGUGAAAAACCUUUUAAAUGUUCCGUCUGUUCGAUGUCCUUUGCGAUUUCAAAAUCUUUCCGUAAACACAAGAAAACCCAUGAAGAAACUACUACGAAAAAAUAAUUAUUAUGAUCAAUUACUGAGAAAAUUUAAAAUCAUUCAUAAAUAUACGAUUGUAGUAGAAACAUUUACUUAAACAUGAUGAGUAGAUAUGUUCAUUAUUUGGAAUAUUGUAAUUAAAAAUAUUACUGUAUGAUGUUAAAUAUACUGAACAAAUUUAUUAUUAAA